CAAUUGUUUAGAGACUAUUAAAAUCUUGCUCAUUUAAGAGCUUUGUCCAUGGCGCUUGUAAUUAACGCAGUCGAUGCAUUGGGGUUCAUCGAAAAUGAAGACAUGCAAAGCUGAUACCUGCCCUUUGAAAUUGACAGAUGAGCUACACCAAAGUUAAAGGGAAUCAGAAACUCCUCUGAAACAGUGAUACAUGAUUGGUGACACCUUGAAAAGACUUGAAAAAGAGCAGGAAUGGAUACCAAACAUGCUAUGGCCAGUUGUGUGGGGCAAGGUCUAAAAUUCCAAGGUCAAGAAAUAAGACAGCGGAAAAUUCCAAACCAGAACAUUGUUCAGAGAUUUUUCUAUCAACAAACACAUACUUCACUGCCUGGGGCUCAGUUCAACAGGGCAAGAUCACUGUAUACCAACGUCUUCCCUAACUUUACAGUUGUCAAUGUCGAAAAGCCGCCAUGUUUUCUCAGGAAAUUUUCCCCCGAUGGAAGAUAUUUCAUCGCUUUUUCUUCAGAUCAAACAUCGAUAGAAAUUUACUCAUUUCAAGGUUCAGCAGCUGCAGAAGAUAUUUUACAAAAUGUUAAAGGGGAUUUCAUGGGCACAGACCAGGAGUCAUUGAGAGUCCGUGGUGUGUUGUUUGACAGGUUUUUUAAGCUGAAGCAUGUGACACAUGUGGCUAAUCACGGGGAGCAUUUGAACAGGGAGUGUAGUUUAUUUACAGAUGAUGGUAACUAUGUGAUGGUUGGAUCAGCUAUGUACAUACCUGAUGACCCAUAUCCUCUCUUCUGGGAGAUGUAUCGAAAUAACGAAUCUGUGUCACCAAAUCAACGUUCUCCGCUUGAAAAUUAUUCCUUGCUCCUAAUUGACCUAGAAACGGGCAGACUUUGUGACACGCGACAGUUUCGAUGUGAUAAAAUUUUCUUGUCUCAUAAUCAAGGCCUGUAUCUGUACAAGAAUACACUAGCUGUGCUUUCUGUCCAGCAGCAGACAAUUCACAUCUUCCAAGUCAACACCGAGAAUGCAAGUUUUGUUGAUGUGAGGAGCAUUGGACGAUUUUGCUAUGAAGAUGACGGCUUAUACUUUCACAUGGGGCUGGACAGGGUGAGUGGCCAACCACAUAGGCCAUUUUACGACAAUACUAUCAAUUCACUGAAGCAUCGGCUGAUGGUGUUCUUGUACCGUAGGGCCAUACAUGAAGGCACAUUAUAUGCUCUGCGCAAAUUCUAUAAAUACUUUGACCAAUUCAAAGCCCUGCGCAUGUGGAAAAUGCAAUUACUGGAUGAAAAUCAUCUACUGAUAAAAUAUGCAAGUGAGGAUGUUGUGACUUUGAAAAUUUCCGAUCCAAAUUCUCAGCCAUCUUUUUUUGUUGUAUACAACAUGGUUAAUACAGAGGUGCUGGCAGUUUGUGAAAAUAUUUCCGAGGAUCUGUUAGAACUUUUUGAAAAUUUCUGUGACUUAUUUAGAAACGCGACCCUUCAUGAUGGAGCCCAAUUCACAUGUUCUGCAUCUAGCAAUAUUUAUGCACGGCAGAUCCAGCAGCGAUUCAAGCAUACAAUUAUCAAUGCUAAGUUUGGAGGUCAUACGGAGGCUGUAAAACGCUUACUGGCACAGUUACCAAUAAGUUCUCAGUCCUACAGUUGUAGUCCCUAUCUUGACCUAGCUCUCUUCAGUUACGAUGAUAAGUGGGUGUCCCAGAUGGAGCGACCAAAGGCAUGCGGAGAUUAUCCGAUCAGGUUUUAUGCGAGAGAUUCGGGACUGCUGAAGUUCAAAAUCUAUGCUGGCGUGAUGGGACGAAGUCCACCUCCCACUGCCAGGAGGCUAGUAGCCUUUACAUUCCACCCCAGUGAACCCUUCGCCAUCAGCGUACAGAGGACUAACGCUGAGUAUGUCGUCAACUUCCACAUACGCCACAGCCAUCAAUGAACAGAAGAUUCGGUUUGGACAAGUCAACUGUGAUCCUGUCAAUAACAUUGAACCCAUCACUGACAAUGUACAGUGUAUACAUACUGCAUUGGUUGUCAGCUUUGACUAACUCCAUGUAUCAUCAAUGACCAUACUUAGGCUUGUGCCCUGUAGCUGAGAAUUUUCUUCAACCUAUUUAUUUAUCUCUUUUUUUUUAAUGAAACAAUAUGGCACUACAUGAAAACACGGAACUAUGGUUUACUCACUUUUCAUUGCUUCUGAGUGAAAUAUUGUUACCUACAUGAUGUAACACCUGCAAGAUAAGGUGGCAUGAACAAUGUUCCGGUGUGUAAUUCUUGGAAUUUUGUAACAUGACAUUUUCACAUUUUAGGAUGUAUGUAGAAAAAAACACCUUUUAGAAUUAAUAUUAUAUUUGUGAUAUCUGAUAUUAA